GGUUCUUUGAUCUCUCCUGCAACCACUGAUAUGGACAAGCCACGUCGGAGAUGCCGUUACCACUGCAACUUGUGCGACUACAAGAGUGAUAAGGGGUGUGACCUGAUACGACACAUGAGGGUUCACACAGGCGAGCGGCCGUUUAACUGCCACCUGUGUCCCGAAGGCUUCUCGCGAAAAAGCACAUUGAAAGAUCACCUGUGCACUCAUACAGGAGAACGACCGCAUAAGUGCCACCUAUGUCCCCAAGGCUUCGCAAGUCAAUCCACACUGAAGCAGCACCUGCGCACUCACACAGGAGAGCGACCCUAUAAGUGCCCUUCAUGCCCCCAGAGGUUUAAUAGGCAGUCUGAGCUGAUACGCCACACGAGGUUUCACACAGGCGAGCGGCCGUUUAACUGCCACUUGUGUCCGGAAGGCUUCUCAAGAAAGAGCACAUUGAAAGAUCACCUGCGCACUCAUACAGGAGAACGACCGCAUAAGUGCCACCUGUGUCCCCAAGGCUUCUCAACUCGAUCCACACUGAAGCAGCACCUGCGCACUCACACAGGAGAGCGACCGUAUAAGUGCCACCUGUGUCCCUGGGACUUCUCACAACUGGCCACACUGAACGACCACCUGUGCACCCACACAGGAGAGAGAAAGUAUAAGUGCCCUUCAUGCCCCCAGAGGUUUAAGUCUAAAACAGAACGGAAGCGGCACAUGCAUCAGCAUGAACGCCACUGAUCAUUUCAAUGGUAUUUAUAUGAGAUUUAUCAUUUAUUAUUGCAAUAAUAUUGGCUGGUUUUUGCUGUCACUUGUGCCGCCAUCAUUCACGUAUAUGUAUGUACCUAUAUUUAUAUAUAUAUACCGGGAAGGAUGUGCUAGUCUCCUCUUCCUGAGGAGCGAACAUCGCCUUUCGAGCCGGGGUCGUCUGCGUGCGCUUAUGGUUGCCGCACUAUCGCGGCAUGGGUCAGCGUGCGGUUUAAGAGGUUUAAGUUUAGAUCAGGUCGAAGGUGCACACAUGCGUCACCACAAAUGCCAUUUCAAUGCAAUUUCUCCUGUACGAGCUUUGUCUUCUUGAAAAGAGUUUUUAUUUUUUUCGCAGCACUAUAGAAUUGCUAAUUUAUGUGGCACAGUUAUAGCACCACUAUUAGCAUUGACAGUAGGCUUUAUUCUCAUUAAUACAUCUAUACAUAUGCCGUAAAAUAAGGGGAGAAUGUUUUAAACGUAAAUAUAUUAUGCAGAGGUCUUUCUGACUGGGUAGAAAUUCUACAAAUAAAACUCUCCAUUCAUUUUUAGUAUACAUAUUACAGUAUUAAGAUUAAAUACUGGCCCUGCAAUCUGAGACCUAUGCACUCUCUUCAGCAGGUGAGUGUCUGGCUUGCUCUGAAGCUACGGACAUUUCUUAGUGGUGUCCCUCGUUUCACCAUCUUUGAUUUCAAGUCAAAUAUUAUAUACUCGUUAUUUUGCCGAAAGGCCACAGGAAUAUCGCUUCUCAUUACUUACACUACCUUUACUUGUGCUACAGCUGUGUGAUGGUGCCUUCUGUAGUUUCAGUUGGUAAUGGUAACAUGUAGUCAUUUAAUUUCAUGUUCAUUUCUUUGACGCUUCUGUGUCCUGUACAUGUAAAUGUUAGUCAGAGCUUUUUUUUUUCUGCUGUCAGUUAUUAAUUUUUAGCUUUCUGAUUGUACUCUUGUGUACAAGUACUUUUCACCAAAUUAGCAUUUAGCUAUUUGUGAAAUUAACACUUCUUAUAAUCUGUUUAGUCACACCAAAUAAUAUACUGUGUGU